AUGAUUUUUUUACAGGUUUUUUUAUUUUUUCAAUUACAAUACUUUAUAAUAGGUAAAAUAUUAUAUUUAAGUAAUGAUUGCUUCAGAGGCCGCAAAGCGAUUGAUUAUCCUGAUGUUUAUGAAUUCUACGGUAUUCCAUACGCUUUACCUCCAUUAAAACAAUAUAGAUUUCUUCCACCAAAACCAACAUAUGACACUAGAGGUAUGUAUGGGGCUAGAUGCAUUGAUGCAAAUGUACGUGCAAAAACAUGUAUUUUUACUAGAACAGCUCAAAAUUUUUCUAAAAAUGAUAUUUGGUCAAUAUUUCAAUCAGAAAUGUCUGAAGAUUGUCUUCAAUUAAAUAUGUGGAUACCUAGAAAACCAGCAGGUCCUGUUUUAGUUCAUUUCGUUGGACCAAAUUAUGAAGCGGGAAAUUCUUAUAUGCCUUACUCUGAUGGAAGUAUAUUAGCUCAUAUGACAAAAACUAUUGUUAUUACUGUACAUUAUAGAGUUGGUGUAUUUGGAUUUGCUUUAAUGGGUAAAAAAUCAAAAGUACCUGGAAAUAUGGGACUUUUGGAUCAACAACUAGCAUUGAAAUAUAUUUAUAAGAACAUUGACGAAAUUGGUGGUGAUAGAAGAAAGAUUACUAUUUUUGGUCAUGGUACAGAUGGCGCAUCUGCAACAGCACAUCUUUUUUCGGAAGAAAGCAAGAGAUAUUUUUCAAAAGUUAUUGCUUUUUCAGGAACAAUAACACAUGAUUGGGCUUUAGAAAAAAAAAAAGCUAUUGUUUAUGAUAAUUUCAAUAGAUUAGCCGAAGCAGUAGGAUGUGACAGAUUUCUUGAAGACAAAGUACUAAAAUGUAUGCAAAAAAUAGAUGCUGAAAUAUUGUCUUUAGAAGCUGAUCAAAUUUAUAAUUUGGAGCAAUCAAUAUUAAAAUACCCAUUUUUACCAAUUGAUAAUGAUAGAAAGUUCUUUAAAUCUCCUAUUAAACGAAAAUUAAAAUUUGGUGACUUCAAGAGAAAUGUUUCCAUUGUAAUUGGAAAAUCAUCCGAUGAAGGCUCCUUAGGUAUGGUACAAUAUUUAAAUAAAAAAAAAUAUGGUUGUCAAUUAAAUUACAAAAAACCUGCAAAUAAUAAAUUAAAUCAAUGUAAAAUGAAUAAAAAACAAUACGAUGAAGUUUUUGAACUUGUUGCAAGAGAUGCAGACUUAAAAAGAAAAGCAGUUCCAGAUCUUCAAAAUAUUUAUAAACCAAAAAAACCUACUAAUGAUGAACGUAGAAAUACAGCUUUAAGAUUAAUAUCUGAUAUUGCUUAUGAUUGUGAUUAUAUUAAAUUUUCUGGAGAAGUUAGUGGUUUUCUUUAUGGAAAUGAAUAUUUCUUUAAUUUUAAAAAACGUUUAUCAAGAAGUAAAUGGCCAAAAUGGAUGGGAGUUGUUCGUGGUGAGGAAUUAUUGUACUUGUUUGGACAUUCAUAUAAAUUUCCUUUUGUAUAUGAUAGAAAGAAAUUGGAAGAUGAACAAAACUUUUCACGUCAAGCUAUGAAAACAUUAUUUAAAUUUUUAAAUACAGGUAAAUUAUAUAAAUCUUGGAAACCAUUUAAUCCUUGGGAACCAUAUGGUGUUGAUAUUGAUCGUUACAUGUAUCCAUAUGAGCACUUUGCAAGUGAAAAUGUUACUAAGUUAGAAUGUUUUAAAAUUGGUUCAUUGUUACAAAAAGAAAAAUCUCCUAUUAAUAGACGUUUUAUAUCUGACUAUUUAAAUCAAGGUUAA